AUGAAGCUAGAUGCUACGAAAAUUCGGAAUAUUGACUGUGCCAAAACUUUUACUGAAAAUUCGUAUAAAAUCAACUGCAUAGAUUUCAGUCCAGAUGGAACUUCUAUGAUCACAUCUAGUGACGAUGACAGUAUUGUUGUUUACAAUUUGACUGCUGGAGUACGAGACAAAGGAAUACAAGUAAACAGUAAGAAGUAUGGUGUGGGUUUGAUACGAUACGCACAUAACCCUACCACGGCUAUUCACAGUUCAACUAAAGUUGAUGACUCACUUCGGUACUUAUCUCUUCAUGAUAACAAAUAUCUGCGAUAUUUUCCAGGGCACACUAAAAAAGUCACGUGCUUAUGUAUGUCCCCACAGGAUGAUAUGUUUCUCUCGGGAUCCUUGGAUAAAUCUAUUAGAUUGUGGGAUCUCAGGUCUCAGAAUUGUCAAGGUUUAAUGCAGGUAAACGGAAGAGCAAUUGCAGCUUUUGAUCCAGAGGGUCUCAUCUUCGGUGCAGGAAUAAACAAUGAGCAUAUCAAAUUAUAUGAUCUCCGUUCAUUUGAUAAGGGUCCUUUCAUGACUUUCCAAGUAGGCAAAGAACUUGACAAUGCUGAGUGGACAGGAAUUGAGUUCUCCCCAGAUGGAAAGUUGAUAAUGCUUAAUACUAAUAGUGAUUAUAUAAAAAUAGUAGAUGCUUUCCACGGAGACACUAAAGCCGUUCUUCGAGGUCAUUCUAAUGAAAAGAACGAAGUAAUGGAAGCUACUUUCACUCCUGAUUCACAGUUCGUAUUCUGUGGUUCAUCAGAUGCUCACUUACAUUGUUGGUACGCGGAAUCAGGUAAUAUCGUCUCACGAACAGCGACAGAACACGAAUCCUCCAUGCGAAUAACUAAAUUUAAUCCAAAAUAUUUCUUAUUAGCUACCGCUUGCAGCAAAUUGAGUUUAUGGUUACCCAAUAACACUCUGGAGGAUGAAUGA